UGGGCAGGUCCAGGCCCUGUUCGGUGUGGGCCCCAUGAUACCCAGCCACAGGUGGACAUUCAGGUGCUAUGACUGUUACAGAAACAGACCUCAGGUGUGGUCACAGCCCAGUGAUGUCCUGGAGCUCCUGGUCUCAGGUGGCUCAGGGAAGCCCUCCCUCCUGACCCAGGAGGGCCCCAUUGUGGCCUCUGGAGAGAGCCUGACUCUCCAGUGUCUCUCUGACCUCAGCUAUGACAGAUUCGUUCUGUCCAAGGAGGGGGAACAGGACCUCCCAUGGAGCACUGUCCUGAAUCCACAGGCUGGUCCCUCUCAGGCCAACUUCCCCCUGGGCACUGUGAGCAGAUUCCAUGGGGGCCAAUACAGGUGCUAUAGUGGACACAGCCUGUCCUCUGAGUGGUCGGCCCCCAGUGACCCCCUGGACAUCCUGGUGGCAGGAUGGCUCCCUGACAGACCCUUCCUCUCAAUGCAGCCAGGACCCAUGGUGGCCACAGGAGAGAACGUGACCAUGAUGUGUCAGUCACAGAGCCUGAGGGACACUUUCCUUCUGACCAAGGAGGAGGCAGCUGAUCCCCCCCUGUGUCUCAGAUCACAGUCCCGAGCUCAGCAGCACCAGGCAGAGUUCUCCCUGGGUCCUGUGACCUCAGCCCAUGGGGGGACCUACAGGUGCUACAGCACAAACCUCAGCACCUCUGCCUACCUGCUAUCACAUCCCAGUGAGCCCCUGGAGCUCCUGAUCUCAGGGACCCUCCCCAAGCCCACCCUCUGGGCUGAGCCAGGCCCUCUGAUCCUGUUGCAGAGAUCUGUGACUAUCUGGUGUCAGGGGACCCUGCAGGCUCGUGAGUUCCAUCUGAACAAAGAGGGAAGCACACAGCCCUGGGUCAGACAGAAGCCACUACAUCCAGCAGACAAGGUCAAGUUCUCCAUCACACACAUGACAGAGUAUGAUGCAGGGAAAUAUCACUGCUGCUAUCUCAGCCCCACUGGCUGGUCACAGCGCAGUGACCCCCUGGAGUUGGUGGUGACAGGAUCCUAUGGCAAACCCAGCCUCUCAGCCCUGCCCAGUCCUGUGGUGAACUCAGAAGAAAAUGUGACCCUCCAAUGUGGCUCACAGCAGGGAUUUGACAGGUUCAUUCUGACUAAGGAAGGAGAAGACAGGCUUACCUGGACUCUGGACUCACAGACCCACCCCAGUGGGCAGGUCCAGGCCCUGUUCUCUGUGGGCCCUGUGAUUCCCAACCACAGAUGGAGGUUCAGAUGCUAUGGCUGUUACAGGGAGACACCCCAGAAGUGGUCACAGUCCAGUAACUCCCUGGAGCUUCUAGUCUCAGGUGGCUCAGGGAAACCCUCCCUCCUGACCCAGCAGGGCCCCAUUGUGGGCUCUGGACAGAGCCUGACCCUCCAGUGUCACUCUAACAUCAGCUAUGACAGAUUCGCUCUGUCCAAGGAGGGGCAACAGGACAUCCCCCAGAGCACUGUCCUGCAGCCCCAGGCUGGGCUCUCUCAGGCCGAAUUCCACCUGGGCAUUGUGAGCAGUACCCACGGGGGCCGGUACAGGUGCUAUGGUGGACACAGCCUCUCCUCCAAGUGGUCAGCCCCCAGUGACCCUCUGGACAUCCUGGUGGCAGGUUGGCUCCCUGACAGACCCUCCCUAUUGGUGCAGCCAGGCCCCACAGUGGCCUCGGGGGAGAACGUAACCCUGCUGUGUCAGUCACAGAGCCAGAGGGACACUUUCCUUCUGAUGAAGGAGGGGUCAGCUGAUCCCCCACUGCGUCUCAGAUCACAGUCCCGAGCUCAGCAGCACCAGGCAGAGUUCUCCCUGGGUCCUGUGACCUCAGCUCACGAUGGGACCUACAGGUGCUACAGCACAAACCACAGCAGCCCCUACCUGUUGUCACAGCCCAGUAAGCCCCUGGAGCUCCUACUCACAGGUAAGACCCCUGACUGUCUUUCUGAGAUGUGAGCUCAGGUUCUCUUCCUCAGAAGAAUUGUGGGCUGCAAGGGGAGGGACAGGGCUCCAGGGAUGGUCACCAAGACGAGAUCUGCCCCUCACAGACCCUUGUACACCUGU